GUUAAAACAUUAAUUGCAGUUGCAUUUUCUUCAAAUAUUUACAUAAGAUAUCAUUUAAUUGGCACAAAUUGAAGUAUAAAUACUUGCAUUGAGCUAAAUUUUAAAGUUAGGUUCCACAAUGAAGGCAUCAAUUUUGGCAAUAUUCUUUGUCGCCAUUAUCGGCAUUGCUCUUGGUUCGAACAAUCUUCGGGAUGGUCGUCCUGGAUGUGCGACCGAUAUAGAAAUGAGACAGGUUUAUUAUAGAAAUUUCUGGGAUGCCAAUGCUUACUGGAAGUGCAUAAACAAAGGAGUUCCUGCUUCACCUAUGCGUUGUGAAGAAGGUGGAUAUCAAGGAAAUCUUAGGAAGUGCGUCGACUGGGAGGAUUGGGAAUGGGAGGAUCCUGUUGCACCACCAUCAAGUGCUUAUUAAAAACCGUAUGGCUAAUGAAUAAAAACAUAAUGUGACAAACGAAAA